AUGAAAAUGCCAGUCAAUUUGUCAUAUUUGGAUUAUGAUAAUUUAUAUAUGUUGCCGAACUAUUUGAUUACAAACAAAAACGAAACAGUUGUUUAUGAUUAUUUCGGAUGUGAAUCUAACAUUGAUUUGAUGGAUAGUGUUAAUGAAAUAUAUAAUAGUGCAUUUGAGAACAACUCAUAUAUUGAAUCAGUUUCGAUCCCUUCAAGUGUUCGUACUAUUGGUUCACACGCAUUCAAAAAUUGUUCAAAUCUGAAAACGAUAAUAAUAUCAAAUCAAUCAAAUCUUGAAGUUAUUCAAUACAACGCAUUCAAAGAUUGUAAAUGCAUCGAUUUCAUUCAAAACUUUACAUCGGACAAAUACUACGCUGUUAAUAACACAAUCAUUGAACGAUCAGAUAUAUCAACAGUAUUAUAUCAUGCUCCCCUCUCUCCAGAAGAAUCUAUUUCCAUUAGCUAUGAUGUGAUUGGAUCAUACUCAUUCGAAUAUUCAAUAAACAUUAUACAAAUCACAAUUGAAGACUCGGUUUCAAGAAUCAAUGAAUAUGCUUUUCAUUCUUGUUCAAAACUUAAAUUCCUAACAAUAAAUAAGGCGGAAAUUGAAAUAGAAGAAGGGGCUUUAUCAUAUUGCUAUUCCCUUUUAUGCAUUAAAACAUCUUUUGAAUCUGAGUCAUUUGCUGAAAAGAUUCGUGAUGCAGGAUUCAGGAAAAAAGAAGUAUUUAAAUGUAUUCCACAAGAACCAGAAAAGACAAUAUUUAAAGAUUCAGUUAAGAACUCUGCAGUACCGUUCUUAUAUUCUGCAGUUGCUAGUUAA